CAGUACCCGUGCUCGUCGUUAAAGGCAGGGGUUCCCCUUAUUGACGUUAUCCGCUUUUUUCUGGGUAAGGACUUCCUGACAUUCUUUCAACUUCAUUCUUUCAAUUUGAUACUUUUUGAGUACCUACCUAGGUAGGGUACUUGACACUUGUGCGUAGUAAUGCCUUAGCAACUUGGAAAUCUUGUAAACUAGGUAUUUACUAGCCAUUACCACCUUGAAAUCGGGCUAUCAACCCCCCGAAGAAAUAUCCUAAAAUAUGAAGAAAAGAAACUAGCCAGCAGACCCCGCAAGAUGGGGCUCCCCAAUGGGGUUCCCCAGGUUCUCUAACCCUUCUCCAGGUCUGGUUUGGGGAAGUGUUCCGGGUAAUUGGAUCAAUAUCCACUAGGUAGGUUAGGGCGUUGCAGUAGAGCUAUCGUUAAGGUAAUGUGGUAUAACCCAUGUAGGUAGUGGGCUGCUAUUACUAGUAAAUACGGCGGCUCGGUGAGUAUGUAGCUAUUGUAGCUAUAUAAUGUUUCGUAGAUCCUACUAUGAUAUAAUAAGCCUACCUAGGUAGGUACUCAAGAGAAGGGCGCUUAUAUCUCAUACGAGCCAUAACAAUGCUACUUCCCUCGUUUACCUUCCUUCUCGCGAGCCUUGGGGUCGUUGGGGCUGCUCACGAUAUCAACAGGUGUCAAGUAGUCCGAUCGUUUAAUCCUCACCGCAAUGCUAGCUCCAAGACUACGCCAUUGCAGGUUGGCAAUGGAAAUUUUGCAUUUGGAGUCGAUGUCACCGGUCUACAGACAUUCAGCCCCUUUGCGACAAUGUCUACAUGGGGCUGGCAUAACUUUAGUCUUCCAACUACUCCAUGUCAGACGUCUAUAGACGACUUCACGGGCUUAGACUGGUGGACACAUGGUCGAUUAGUAAACUACAACCAGCCCAAUCCAGCACAGAGUGAGAUCUCCAACUGGUUGAUCCAAAACCCUCAGCGGGUAAAUCUAGGGACGAUAGGGUUUUCAUUUAACGGGGCCGAUGUGACGGAAGAAUUGCUGGAGAGCAAGUCCCAGACCCUGGACCUUUGGACUGGUAAAAUCACGUCGUCUUUCGUUCAUAAUGGAGCUGCGGUCGAGGUUGAGACUUGGGCCGACUCGAGCUCAGAUACAAUCGGGAUCUCUGUCGAGUCUGAGCUCCUCUCUACGGAAGCCCUUGGCAUCUUCUUUGACUUCCCUUUACCGACUCGCAACAAGUUUGAUGCCCCUUUUGUCGGCGUCUUCAAUGCUACAGACAAGCAUACUACCACUUUACAUCCCGAAGAGAGAGGAGCAACCAUUAGACACGAUAUCGAUGACACCUCAUAUUACGUCUCCAUUGCGUGGGAUUCGAGUGCUGAGAUAACUGGUCCAGAUGAUGAUACUCAUCGUUAUUUGCUACACCCGUCUAAGGGGUCCGGGAGAAUAGAGUUGUCCGUAACUUUCUCACCAACUCCAAAUACGUGUACAUCAUCUUUUGGUGACGUUACGGCCGCAUCUGAAUCGUGGUGGGAGUCUUUCUGGGAAUCAGGCGCGUUCAUUGAUUUGUCAGGGGUCAAGUCGCCAAAUGCCACCGAGCUUCAACGAAUAACCAUAUUAUCUCAAUAUCUCACAGCUGUCAACUCUGCUUCCUCGUAUCCCCCGCAAGAAUCUGGUUUGGUAAAUAAUGGGUGGUAUGGCAAAUUCCAUCUAGAGAUGGUAUUGUGGCAUCUGCUCCAAUUCGCCCGAUGGAAUCAGUUUCCAUUACUAUGGCGUAGUCUUCCCAACAUGUAUAGCCAGUAUCUCAGCUCAUCCAUCGACCGAGCAAAUUCGCAGGGUUACGACGGUGUUCGUUGGGGCAAGAUGACGGAUCCAGCCGGACGAUCCGCCCCUGGGGAGAUCAACUCUUUGCUCAUAUGGCAGCAGCCCCAUCCCAUGUACUUCGCAGAGCUCGAGUACCGGUCCUUCCCGAACGAAACCACGCUGAAAUCAUGGGAUGGCAUACUCUCCCCCACCGCAGAUUUCAUGGCAUCGUAUGCCUUCUUCAACGAGUCGACCCAGCGCUACGACCUAGGCCCCCCCAUGUACCCGGCCUCCGAGAACACCAACCCCAACGCCACCAUCAACCCCGCCUUCGAGCUGGCAUACUGGAGAUUUGGCCUAGACGUCGCCAUCAGCUGGAAACAACGACAGAACCUCGCCGUCCCUGAGAAGUGGGUGGAGGUGCGAGACAAUCUCGCGCCCUUGCCGGUCACCGACGACGCCUACGCCGUGUACGAGGGCAUCCCGGACAUGUGGAGGAACACCACGGUGCAGGACCACCCGGCCAUGUCGGCCAUCUUCGGGCUUCUCCCCCCGCCGAGUAGCGGCCCGUCGCUCAAUAUGACGGUCGUCAGCAACACGGCUGACAAGAUCCGAGACCUCUGGGAUUUGGAGGACUGCUGGGGUUGGGAUUUCCCGAUGCUGGCUAUGAAUUCGCUGCGCUUAGGAGACGUCGAUCAGGCGGUGGCCUACCUUCUGCACCCCUUGUUCGAGUUCGACGACGCCGGGUAUCCUGUUGGAGGCUCGCGGGUGCCGACGCCCUAUUUCCCGGGGUCGAGCUCGUUCCUGUUGGCGAUGGCCAUGAUGGCAGGAGGCUGGGACGGCGAGCCGGGAGUGCACUUCCCGGAAGGAUGGGAGGAUGUUCGGGUGGAGGGGUUUGUCCCUGGUCUGUGAUUCCAUCCGUGUAGAUAGCAAAUCAAACUGGGGGGUGUUUUCUACUUUAUCAUCAUAAUUGUUUGCAUAGUUUAAGUGGAGAGAAUACCUAUGAGUGUACUAGGUAGUAGGUAUGUCUACAUUGUCACGCCGUAAGGUAAAACUAAC